UGAUAAUCGAAUUUUGUUUUUUUGUUUUCGACAUUGUUAUUAUAUAAUUAUUAUUCUAAUAAAAUUAAUUGGUUGAAUUAACAUGGCUACUACUGAGUUAUCAUCAACAACUUCAAUGACCGGUCAUCAUCAUCAUCAGGUCAUAAAUUCUGCUACUGAUAAAGUAAAAGUAGCCGUUCGUGUACGUCCAUUCAGUCGGAGAGAAAUCGAAUUGGAAACAAAAUGUGUGGUCGAAGUUAAAGGUGAUCAAACAAUAUUACAUUAUGCACCACAACAAUUGACAACGACACCGGUAAUGGUGGCUAAAGGAACAAUAACAUCCGGAUCAUUAUCAUCAUCAUCGACAUCACAAUAUCCAACGACAUCACCACAACCUCAACAACAACAAAAUUCAACAUUAAGACCACCUAAAGUAUUCACAUUUGAUCACUGUUUUUGGUCAUACAAUAAUUCUGAUCCACAUUAUGCAAGUCAAGAGGAUGUUUUUCAAAAAUUGGGCCUAUCCAUUUUGGAUUCAGCUUUUCAAGGAUAUAAUGCAUGCAUUUUUGCCUAUGGACAAACAGGAUCGGGAAAAUCAUAUACGAUGAUGGGAUCUCCACAUGAAAAGGGACUAAUACCUAGAUUAUGUGAUUCAAUAUUUGAGCGUAUUCAAAACCUCACUGAACAAGAUCCAAAUUCAAAUUUCAAAUUAGAAGUUUCUUAUAUGGAAAUCUAUAAUGAAAGAGUUCAUGAUCUUUUAGAUCCUAUUGGAGCAAGACAUUCGCUUAAAGUGCGUGAACACAAUAUUCUCGGGCCAUAUGUUGAUGGCUUAUCUACAUUAGCGGUUUCUUCAUUUGAAGAGAUCAACAGCUUGAUGGCCGAAGGAAAUAAAUCUCGUACUGUGGCGUCAACCAACAUGAAUUCUGAAUCAUCUAGAUCACAUGCAGUGUUUACAUUAACACUGACUUGUUCCAUUUACGAUCCUGUUGCCGAUGUCGUUGGUGAACGUGUCUCGAAAAUGAGUCUAGUCGAUUUGGCUGGCAGUGAACGAGCAAUCAAAACCGGAGCUGUCGGUGAACGAUUAAAAGAAGGUUCCAAUAUUAAUAAAUCAUUAACCACACUUGGUCUUGUGAUAUCUAAGCUAGCAGAUCAAGCUAAUAGUCGCAAUCGCAAAGAACAAUUUGUACCAUAUCGAGAUUCUGUUCUUACAUGGCUAUUAAAAGAUAAUUUGGGUGGCAAUUCAAAAACUAUUAUGAUUUCUACCAUUAGUCCUUCAGCAGAUAGCUAUGAUGAAACAUUAUCAACGUUACGUUAUGCUGAUCGAGCCAAACGUAUUGUUAACCAUGCAAUAAUCAAUGAAGAUCCGAACAAUCGUAUUAUUCGGGAACUUCGUCAAGAAGUAGAACAGUUACGCGAACAGUUGAUGCAUGCUAAUGUUAACACGGACCUUCAAGAACGUUUGGCUGAGUCUGAAAAAUUUAUACGUGAAAUGGAACAAACUUGGGAAGAGAAAUUACGAAAAACAGAAAAAAUUCAUCAAGAACGACAACUAGCAUUGGAAAAGAUGGGCAUCUCCGUUCAAAGUUCUGGUAUUGCUGUAGAAAAAGAUCGUUAUUAUUUAGUCAAUCUGAAUGCCGAUCCAUCAAUGAAUGCUUUAUUGGUAUAUUAUCUCAAAGAAAAAACUUUAAUCGGUCGACCCGAUGCAACAGUCGAACAAGAUAUUCAACUUUUGGGCGUUGGUAUAAUGCCAGAACAUGCAGUAAUUCAAAUCGAUAGGGUCAAAAAUCAAUUAUGGAUAGAACCGAUCAAUGAUUCUCGGACAUUCGUCAAUGGAGUCCGUAUAUAUGAACGUGUAUGUCUUCGAAACGGUGAUCGAAUACUGUGGGGAAAUAACCAUUUCUUUAGUCUGAAUUGUCCGGCAACAUCUGAUCAAUCAUCUAUGAAUACAUCUAAAAUUGAAAAUAAUUACUUUGAUUAUAAUUAUGCUCGCGAUGAGAUGCUUACUUGUAAUAAUCCGGAUUUGAAAGCCAUGUUCUCGAUGCAAAAUGAUCCCCGACAAAUAUUAACGAUGUCAAGAUCCGGCGGAGGCUCACUAUCUGGCAGUACAACAUUUUUAUCAAACUUGGGUAAUUCAAAAUCUAAUGGCUAUGGCGUAAUGAGUGGUUCAUCAUUAAAUCUUACUUCAAAUCAAAUGCAUCACUCUCAGAGAAUGUUGGAGAAAUUAGCUAAAGAACGGGAAGAAAAUUUUCGUGUUUAUCUAUCAAAACUGAAAGAAGAGAUAGCAAAAGCUAAUACUCUGGCCUAUGAAGCUAGUUUGAUUGCUGAAGAAAUGCACAAAAGUAGUGAAUUCAAAGUCACUUUGCAAAUACCUCCAGCCAACCUAAAUCCCAGCCGCUUAAAAUGUGGUGUUUUCGUCUCUGAACCUGCUAUUUUGGUUAAAAGAAAAAAUUUCCCUUCACAAAUAUGGUCAAUGGAAAAAUUUGAUGCAAAUCUAAUCGAAAUGCGCGAACGUUAUGUCGAAUGGAAAGAAAGACAAAAUUUGAAACUAAAGAAUAAAACAUCAAUCAAUGAUGAUAAUUCUGUGCCAUCAUCACCGAAUUACAUACAACCACGAAACGAUCCAUUUUAUGAAUCCCAAGAACGACAUUUACUCAUUGGUGUUGCCAACAUUUUUCUAGAAGUACUAAUGCAAGAUGUUCAACUAGUUUACCAAGUUCCGAUUAUUUCACAACAAGGGGAAAUGGCGGGUCGUUUGCAUAUUGAAUUCGGCCGAAUUGAAGGAAAUUUCGGCGAACGCAUGGCUGAUGCAGCUUUCUCCGACGAUGAUUCCUUAUCAAAUGAUACUGAAUCAGUAGACAAUAGCAACAUGACCAAUUCUGUGAUUAUUGUCGAUGCCGAAAAGCCACAGUCCAUCGGACCAAACCAAUUCAAAUUACGUCUACAAAUAAAAUCUGCCAGUUGCCUACCACCAGAAUUAUCGAAUUUUGUUUUUUGUCAAUACACGGUCUGUGGUUUAACAGAAAUGAUUGUUCUCACCCCAGUCGAUACAACAGAUCUUCAUAAAUUGGAUUUCAGUUCAUCUUCACAGCCACAAAUUAGUUUUGAUUACCAACAAGAAUUUAUCAUCACGUUGACGGAAGAAUUUCGUGAACUUUGCAUUGAUGGUGCUUUAUCAAUUGAAGUCUGGGGACAUAGAAUAUCAGCUAAUCCAAUUAUAAAGAAUGAAUCUGAAGAACAAAUUUUCAAAAUCUCUCGUACCUUGGUGGAUCGUUGGUUAGAAUUGAAAAGAAAGUUAGAACUUUGGAUAGAAAUUCAUGAAUUGAAUGAUCAAGGAACAUAUACACCAGUCGAAAUUCAACAACAAGCAGAUAUUUCGACCGGUGGAGUUUAUCAAUUACGUCAAGGUCAACAGCGUAGAAUAUCAGUUCGAGUUGAAACCGUGCCAAAUUCUGGAACUCUUCCACUCAUAUUCCACUCAAUUCAAUUCAUUCAAGUUGGAUGUAUAUGUGUUAGAUCUAAAGUUCAAAAAUCAUUGGACAGCUAUCAAGAAGGUGAUUUGUCAUUGUUACAUGAAAAAUGGUCGGCUAUUUUGCACAAACGCCAAGCAUAUCUACAAGAUCAAAUAAAUAAAUUGAUGAAUAAAAAUAAGAAUAAAACUCAAGAAGAUAUCGAACGUGAACAUAGAUUAAUGAAUCAAUGGGUGACUCUUGUUGAAGAGAGAAAGGUCGCUAAAUGUCCAACACCAGGCUCGGAAAUACCUGGAGCUCCGGAUGAUAGUUGGGAAAUACCAGAUGGUAUGGAGAAUCACAUACCAGUUAUUUUUCUUGAUCUCAAUACAGAUGAACUGAACUUGUCCGAAUCUAAAAAUAAAGCAGCGGGAGCAGAUCUGAUUUUGCCCAAAGAACACAAUGGUAGUCCUUUUUACAAUCUAAGUAUUGUUUCUUCUCAAGCGAAUAUGGAUGGUGUGCAAGCUGUUGCUGCUUGGGAUUCAUCAAUACAUGAAUCUCCUCACUUGAAUCGUGUAACCUCACCUAAUGAACGGAUAUUUUUGAUAUUAAAAGUUUGCAUUGCAAUAACUCAUCCAGCGAAUAUGAAUUUGAUAUUACGAAAGCGUUUUGCCAUCAAUGUUUAUAAGAAGCAAGGACUUGUUUCAUCAACCAAAAAUAUUUUUAAACGUAUUUCACGUGCUGAUUUAGCCCCUGUUGCUACGGGAAUCACCUAUGAGGUUGUUUCGUCGAUACCAAAAGCUAGUGAAGAUAUUGAAGAUCGUGAAUCUUUAGCAUUAUUAGCUGCUUCCGAUGUUGAUCUAACCGCUUGUGACGGAGAAAGUUAUAUCGAACGUUAUACCAAAAGUGUUUCAGCAUUGGAAUCGAUUCUCACAUUGGAUCGAUUAAGGCAAGAAGUCGCUGUUCGUGAACGAAUCGCUAAGAAAGCUAAAAGAGCACUUCAACUUCUUUCUUCUACCAAUAACAAUAAUUUUUAUAAUAAUUCUGAAAAUUCUGAAUUGAGAAAAACCCUAUCUGUACCAAACAUGGUCCAAUUUGUCGGACAUUAUCGACAGCAUCAGACUACGCUAUAUCAAGGAAACAAUCUGGCAAUUGAUGAAAAUAAUUAUCAAAGAUCAGAAGACGAUUAUGAUGGACCAUCGGAGCAAGAACGAGCUGAUUCUUCAUUUGAUUUAUCAUAUCUUACAUCUGCUGCUGGACGCCUACGACAAAAAGCUAGCUCACUGUUCGGAAGUAUGACUGGAUUGAAUCAAAUUUACGUUACGGAUAUUGAUAUUGGCGAACCAGAUCGACAAAACAAAUCCGUAAAACUCGAAUCACAUCCAUCACAAAUAAACACUAUCAACAUGAAUAAGCCAUUUCGAAAAUCUAUGAGAACAGUUGUUGAAGAGAAACAAUUAUCACCAUCCAUUUCUGUUGACAAAUCAAAACAUACGGUUACAGAUCCAAAUGAUGAAGAAAAUGGGCAAUGUUUCAUUGUAUUCGAUCGUUCGGCCACCAAGGACAAAUUGCAACGAAGAUCACGACCAGAAAGUUUAAACAUUAUUAUUCAUAAUGUUGAUGAUGAUGAUGACAUUCGUUCAUACACAGAUAUACCGACCUAUUACAAUAUAUCUUCUAGUGAUUCGAAUAGCCAGAUGAGUAAUGCACGAAUAAACAGUACCGGAACACCCAUUUCCAAUGAAUCAGUAUCAAUACCAUCAUCAUUAUCUAUGCAAUCAUCGAGUAAUGGGAGCGGUGAUGAAGAUGAUGAAUUUAAAAAAAGUAAUCAUCUCAAAAUGAAUUUACCCGAAUGGAUGCAAAUCGGUGAAAGUGUACGAGUAUGUCCAGAUUCUAAAUUAGGAACAAUCGGAUAUAUUGGAGAGACGGAUUUUGCUCCUGGUAUAUGGGUGGGAAUCAUAUUGGAUACGCCUACUGGAAAAAAUGAUGGAUCAGUCAAUGGAAUAUCUUAUUUUCAAUGUCGGCCUAAAUUUGGAAUAUUUGUCAAGCCGGAAAAAUUGCGAUUAGAUACAAAAGGCAAACAAAUGCGAGCCAUUCUGAAUGAUAAAAUAAAUGGACGUCGAUAAGAUUAAUAAUUUAUAGCUAAUUAAACAUGAUUAAUAUUUUAUUAUAUGAUAUUUGUACACACAAAUCGAUUCACAUAUCGAUAAUGAUGUCCUUGUUUUCAUUAAUCUUUAUUUAUUUUUGUUGAUUAUAGCAUGAGGCCAGAAAAUACGAAUCAUUCCUUGUUAUCUGAUUGGUAUUAUAUCUUUUUAUAAAUUCACAUUCUAUCUAUCUAUUUUUUGUAUUAUGAUUGUUAUAUUAUGUAAUUUAAAUUAACCAAAAAAAAGAAAAGAAAUUAAAAAUUAAAAUUAUA